UAGUAAGAAUCUGACUGUGAGUGUGUUUGUGUAGCGGAAGUGAUGGCUCCGUUAGACGGCAUGCAGUCAACGCAGCGGCAGCGUCCGCGGAGGGAGCCGUGAGCACAGCUGGAAUAAAGGAGCUAUGUCCGUAGAUGCCGAGCCCCCCUCCGUUUGUAGUCGAGAGCGUCUCUGUGCUCCCUCGGUUUGGCGCCUCGGGGGUCUUUGCUGAAGUCCAGAGAGACAUACGGUUCCCUAGGAGCGCACCUAUCUGGAGUGGACGAGCGGUUGCUGUUUGUCAUAAGGCCGAGUUUUGUGCAGCCCUUUCCCCGCGCCUGCUUGCCUCCCCGUAUCCUCCGCGACGUCUCUGUGCCGCGAGCGCUGCGCAUUUUGGCUAUAUGGCAGUGGACACCACCACCUGAGUCUGCCUCCCUGCGCCCAUAAAUACAUUUACAGCGAACACCGAGGCUGAAUUAAUCGACGCGUGGAUGAGUGCUGUGUCUAUGCGCCUCAGUUACAUCGCCACGGAAAGGACUUCUUGCAAUUGAGAGCUGGAUAUGCAGAGAUUAACGUGAAGGGAUGGAUCUAAUUAUCUGUGUUUUGGGGCUUCUGGCGCUGAUCAUCCAGGGCAUCCGUUGCCAAGGAGUGUACGCACCUCCAACUGUCCGCAUUAUACACUCAGGGCACGCCUGUAAUGUUGAGGAGGAGAGGCACACGGAGAGAGUCUACACAAUCAGAGAGGGUGAGACCCUGGAGCUCACAUGUCUGGUGACGGGGCAUCCUCGGCCACAGAUCCGAUGGACUAAGACAGCAGGCAGUGUGUUUGACCGCUUCCAGGACUCCAGUGUGUUCAACGAAACAUUGCACAUUGCAAAGAUUCUGAGGACCCAGGGAGGUCGCUACUACUGCAAGGCUGAGAACGGCCUUGGCUCGCCUGCCAUCAAGUCCAUCAGGGUGGAUGUCUACUAUCUUGAUGACCCGGUGGUGACAGUGCAUCAGAGCAUAGGAGAAGCUAAGGAGCAAUUUUACUAUGAGAGGACCGUGUUUCUGCGCUGCGUGGCCAAUUCCAACCCACCUGUCCGCUACAGCUGGCAUCGCGGGAGAGAGGUCCUGACGCAGGGCUCAGACAAGGGCGUGGAGAUCUACGAGCCGUUUUUCACACAGCAGGGGGAAACAAAGAUUUUGAAGCUGAAGAACCUGCGUCCUCAGGACUACGCCAACUACAGCUGCAUUGCCUCUGUCCGAAAUGUGUGUGGGAUCCCUGACCGCAGUGUGAUCUUCAGGCUGACUAAUAAGACAGCCUCCCCAUCCAUCAAACUGCUGGUGGAGGAUCCUAUUGUGGUGAAUCCUGGCCAGACAGUAUCGCUGGUGUGCAUCACCACAGGUGGGGAGCCUCCCCCCAUACUCACCUGGGUCAGCAGUAAUGACAGCCUCCCACAGAGGAGCGUGGUGAAGGGGGGCACGCUCACCCUGCCAGCCAUCACCUCGGAUGAGGCGGGGGUGUACAGCUGCGUGGCCAGCAACAACGUGGGAAACCCAGCCAAGAAAUCCACCACCAUUGUGGUGCGAGCUUUGAAAAAAGGUCGAUUCUGGAUCACUCCUGACCCAUACCACAAUGAUGAUAACAUCCAGAUUGGACGUGAAGUCAAAAUAUCUUGUCAGGUGGAGGCAACACCGCCAGAGGAGCUGAUGUUUAGCUGGCUGAAGAAUGGGCGUGCCCUGCGGAGCUCAGAGCGCAUGGUCAUCACCCAGACAGACCCUGACAUCUCCCCAGGGACCACCAACCUGGACAUCAUAGACCUCAAGUUCACAGACUUUGGCACGUACACCUGCGUGGCCGCGCUGAAAGGAGGAGGCAUCACUGAGAUUAGCAUUGACGUCAACAUCUCUUCCACAACUGUCCCUCCUCUGUUUUUCUCUUUCUUAGUUCCCCCCAACCUGACAGUCCCCCGGGGCAAGUCCCCUCUGGUGGCCCGCGAGGGUGACACAGUGGAGCUGGAGUGCCUUGUUUCAGGGAAGCCCAAGCCCAUCAUCCUGUGGUCGCGAGCCGAUAAGGAGGCUCCCAUGCCGGAUGGCAACAUGCAGAUGGAGAGCUACGAUGGUGUGCUGCGUAUUGUUAAUGUGUCCAGAGAAAUGACAGGCUCAUACCGCUGCCAGACCAGCCAGUAUAAUGGGUUCAACGUAAAGCCCAGAGAGGCCGUGGUGGAGCUGAUUGUACAAUACCCUCCAACAGUGGAGCCGGUUUACAUGGAGAUGCGUCAGGGACUGGGGAGGCCUGUGGUGAUGACCUGCAGGGUGUUGCGUGCCCACCCUUCCCGAGUGCUGCGCUUCGAGUGGCUUCUGUCAAACAGGUUGCUCCAUGCUGGAGCCUUUGACGCCCAAAGAGAUGAGACAGAGUACACCAUCCGCAGUCUGAAUCGAGAUGGCUGGGGGGAGUACACCUGUAAUGUCAUCAAUGAAGCUGGAGCGGGCAAAUGCACCUUCCAGGUUACAGGCAAGGCCUAUGCUCCAGAGUUCUACUACGAUACCUACAGCCCCCUGUGGCAGAACAGACCCAGAGUCUACGGCUUCAAGCUCCAGUGGACACAGAUGAAUCCCAAUGCUGUGGACCGCAUAGUCGCCUACAGACUCGGCAUCAGACAGAUGGGGCUGCAGCGCUGGUGGGAACAGGAGAUCCCUGUGGAUGGAACAAUCAACAAAGGAGAGCUCAUGACACACAACCUGACUGAGCUGAUAAAGCCUGAAUCCUACGAGGUGCGCCUUACCCCUAUCACACGUUUCGGGGAGGGUGACUCCACCAUCCGGAUUGUCACCUACAGUGCUCCCAUCAACCCUCACCUGAGAGAGUUCCACUGCAGCUUUGAGGAGGAGCCUAUCUGCAUGUUCACACAAGACAAGAAUGAUGAUUUUGAUUGGACACGACACAGUGCUGCUACACGUGACACCAAAUAUACGCCAAACACUGGGCCUAGUGCUGACCGCAGUGGUUCCAAGCAGGGUUUCUACAUGUAUAUUGAGACAUCAAGACCACGGAAGGAAGGGGACCAAGCACGGCUUGUAAGUCCGUUUUUCAAUGUAGCACCUAAAAACCCUUACGGUAUCACCAACCCACCUGCCUACUGCUUCGGCUUCUUCUACCACAUGUAUGGAAAACACAUAGGAACACUAAACGCCUUCCUAAAACAGAAGGGCCAAACAACUUCAGAGGGUCCCGUGUGGUCCCUAAGUGGUAACCAAGGUGAACGGUGGAAGCAGGCCAAAGUAAGCAUCCACCCAACAGCGUCGUUCCAGGUGGUACUGGAAGGUGUCCGGGGACCAGGCAUCGAGGGAGAUAUCGCCAUCGAUGACGUCACGCUGGAGGAAGGGGAGUGUCGAGACCCGCCGCCCAAUCUCAACUGCACGGCUCCAUUCACAUGCUCCCAUAUAUGGCUGCUAUGUGUCAUCUUGGUGAUGACCCUCCUAGAAGGUCAGAGGUGACCCUUCUCUCCAUCAUCUCAGAGGCAAAUAUUCAGACCCACCGUCUGUGAGCUAUACCCUCGGCAUCCAAUCACCAAAGAUUCAUGCAUCCUGAAAGCAGCAGUGGUCCCCUGACGGACCACAGAGGGGCCGACAUGAAUGCAAGAGAGAGAAAAUAGUGAUAAAAAACUUACACAAAAGGUAAUAAAGAAGUUGCGCUAAUUUUUUAAGAGACCUCUUUUACAGAAAACACUCCUCAGAGCAGGACUCGGGACGCCUUUGCGAGCACAAAGACAGGUGGGCGAUGACUAAGCCUGGACUUUGGCAAGAGAGUUCACAAGCAUCGAGAGAGUAUCAUUUGUAAAGCACAAGAACAAUUUUAUGAAGUUAUGAAAAUAUCUUUGGAAAGCAGUGGAAAACAGACACUGCUGACUUUUUGAAGAGGAAAUAACAAUUCCCUGCUACAAAUACAUGGAAUCAGACCUUUUUCUGUGUAACUUUAUUCUCAUUUUCUUGCACCAGAUGCCAAUCACUGACACUUGUUUUUCACUCUAGCCCAGCCUCACGUCACACCUUGGCAUUUCUUUAUCUGCUUGGUGCUGUACUGUAGAAAAACAAGGACUCUGCCAACAUUUUGUUCUGUCUGCUUAUUCCCCCUGUAGCUGCCUAUGUAUCUUUUAACACUGUGCUCACGAGUCCAAGUGGCCAACCGACAGUAUGGUGGCAUAACAAUAAGUCCAGAAGAAUCAGCAGAGGUGUAGACAGCCGGACUGGAGGGCAGACAGAAGUUAAAACUUAGAGGCUGAAAUGAGACGGAGAGAUGGAAAGACAGCAGAAAAGGAAAGGCAGAGAGUAGAGAAAGGUCAGAUUAGUGAGGUCUGAUUUGAAUAUUCAAUCAGCAGUCUGCCUGUGGAACAGAAGCCACUUUACUUUCUGCCAUGAAACAAAGUGCCUUCAGAUUACAAACUGAAUCGUGAGCCUGGGUGUUAAUCAACAUCAAACACAUCUCUGUUCAUGUUUCCUCUGAUGGGCUAUUUUCUAUGUUUCUUUUGCCCCACAAGUGCUGAUGGGAGGGCAUGUGCGUUCAGAGGGAGUAUAGUGUUGUACUACAUCUGGGUUUUACCUCAGACGGGACAGUUCUUGUGUGUGUGUGUGUGUGUGUGUGUGUGUGUGUGUACGACUGUGUGUUUUUUGUGUGUGUGCAUGCCCCUAAGCCUACAGCUAUGCCUAGGCAUAGUUCAGUGAGAGGGCAGACAUCCAGGCAGUGCUAGCAGAACCUGAGCACAGGUUUGACAGAUUUGGAAACCAUUUGAUAAAAAAAAAAAAAACAGUGGCAACAGUGAAAGUGAGGCUCUGGAUCUUUUUUUUUUUUUUUUUUUUUUUUUUCAGGAAAAAGACAAGAAGUUUAAGAUCACACAGCAGGAUAAAGACACUUUGUCGAAUGAAUACCCCACUCUCUCUUCUCAUAAUUCUCCUUCCCUGUGGGCGAGCAUUUUUUAACAAAAGAAAAGAACAACUGCUGAAUAAAACAUUGCAUUGUACAGGGAGGAAAGUAGGAACUUUGGGACAGCAGGCUCUUCAUUAGGGUGAUGUGCCUCACCCCUAUCCUCCGCCAUUUAUAUGGAACAAUAUGAGAAUAAAAGAUAAUAAUGACCAUAAUAAUAGUCAUGAUAUUUUAUUACUCUAGCGAGAAUGUUUCUCUGCUUUUACACAAACUGUGAAGAUUGACUGUGGAAGAUCUACCUGAGACCAUAACCUUAACCAGCGGGGUUUUUAAAAAAAAUCUAUUGUAAAAAUGAGAAAAUAACAAAAUGAAAAAUUCCGUUCAUUGUUGGUUAUGACAAAUGUUUUGAGGACUUGUGUCUUGUUUCUUAUUUUUUUCUGUUGAAGAUGACUUAACUUCCUUUCUCUUCUUGUUGUCUCCCUCUGCAUUGCUGAAGUAUCAAAGCUGAUGGAAGCAUAAGAAGUAAACCAAUCUGGUAACUGUAUAACUUGUAAAUGUCAAAGAAGCUCUAUUCAAAGGUUUAUGAUAAAUGUUUUAUGUUGGAGUACAGGAAGCACAACAUACAGUUUAAGGUCUCAACAUAUACAAUACAUUUGAUAUUUUUCUGCACAUACAUGUCAAGCUCCCACAAAUUCAGGCUUCUUGUCACUCUGAAACACAUUUAACAGCAAAUUAAUCAUUUAAGCUUAUUACAUUCAUAUUUAUAGUGCAACCACAGUGCUAAUGAACACAGCGGGACCCCAGUCCAGAGGAUAAAUGAAAUCCACAUGAAUUGCGAGACUAAGUAAAGGUUCAUGGUGUUGUGGUUGUUCAGCAUAUGUAGCCUCUUCAGUGAAAGCCUGGGUUAGUCUGAGUAGGUCGUGUACAUGCGUGAGCAUAAAGCUGUGUACAAUAGGUGUGAAACUGAUACAUGUAAAGAAGAUAUGCUAGGCAAAACAGAGCAGAAUGAUUUCAUUUCAGGGUAUCCUUACAAUAUCAUUAUGGUUUCUGUGAUGGUGUUACAGACACAUUAUCACAGGUAUCAUCUGACAUCCAUUUCUGCUAUUUUGUUUUAAUAAAUUAUGGAUGCUUUCAUUUCUGUCUUUUUUUUUCAUAAGGCCCAGAUCACAAUGAAUGUAAAUGGAGUUGUGGGGGGAGUUAUUUUCUUACAGUAUGGCUGUAAUGUUUUACUGAAGCUUAUGUUUUUUCUGUGCUUUUGAUGAUGAGAACUUUUAGACUUUCAUAGGCUGUUCUGGACACAUUAAAAAUAUGACAUACAUGUAUCUGACUUUGACACAGUUUCCAAAAAUAUAACCCAAGAUAAAACAUCUUUUCGGCACUCACUAUAUCCUCCUGUGGUAUAGUAGGUAACGAAAAGUGCCAAAGUGCCCAGUGUAGUUGUCACUGUCACUAAGUAUAGAGUAUUUUACCAUAUUUUUGUUCCUUUUACCUGGUCAGUUCAAAAUUACAAUAAUGUAUCAGCAUAUAAUAAUAGUGGCACCUAUAAAUAUGAAUGAUUAGAAAUUACAGCUGGAUUUACAUAGAAGAACACCUUUGGUAUUACUUUAAUAAUGCUGUCAAGGGUUUAAAGGAACGAUAUUGGGGAAUGAGCUUAUUCAUUUUCUUGCCAAGAGUCCAAGGAGAAAGUUUUAUGUUUGAUAAAUAUGGCGCUCCAGCCUGGAGACUGAGCUUAGCUUAGCACAGAGACUGGAAAUGAUCAACAGCUAGGUAGCCUGGCUGUGUCUAAAUGAAAUCCGCUCACUCUAAAAUUAAAGUGAACACAUCUUUUUUGUACAAUCCAUCCAAAAAAGAGAAAGUAGGAAGUUGCAUUUUUGCAGGUUGCGAAAAAUUGUAUGUCACAUAACCCCCUGUAAAACCGUACCUUGUUGUUAUACUUUUUUAUAUAAAUUGAACAAACAUUAUAUAGUGUGUUGUUUAGUUAACUUUGCUGGUAGCUGAUUUUGUUACCUUUGGACAGAGCUUGACUAACAUUCUCCUUGAUUUUCCAGUCUUUGUGCUAAGCUGAGCUAAGCUAACCAGCUGCUGCCUGUAGCUGUGUAGUGGUAUCAGUCUUUUCAACCAACUUUCACCAAGAUAGAACUUAAGUGUAUUUCCCAAAAUGUUCAACUGUUGCUUUAAAAUAACAGCCUGGGUAUUAAAAACACCUUCUCUAUUCCCUCU